GGGGCGAACACCGGCAUAGUGAAGAGUUCCGGCUGCUCCCGCAAAGACAUCUGGGCUUUUGGAGGACUCGCUUGAGCGCUUUGAUUUCUGCAGUGCAGCGUGGGAUACUGGAAGGAGUCAGCGCAACAGACCGAGAGAAAUGGAUGUCUUUUUGAUGAUCAGACGUCACAAGACGACCAUCUUUACAGAUGCUAAGGAGUCCACCACAGUGUAUGAACUGAAGCGGAUUGUGGAGGGCAUCCUAAAGCGCGCACCUGAGGAUCAGAGGCUUUAUAAGGAUGACAUGUUGCUAGAAGAUAAUAAGACUCUUGGAGACUGUGGAUUCACAAACCAGACAGCCAGGCCUCAGGCUCCGGCCACAGUAGGACUGGCUUUUCGCAUCAGUGAUGAUGCUUUUGAGCCUCUAAGAGUAGAGCCCUUCUCCAGCCCCCCUGAGCUUCCUGAUGUGAUGAAGCCUCAAGACUCAGGCAGCACUGCCAACGAACAAGCCGUGCAGUGAAGGAGGAAUGGACGAUAAAGGGGGGGGCGGGGGGGGUGUAAGGCGGCAGGGGUGAAACAUUUCCAGAAGAGAAAGAAAAAUGUGUGUUUUAAAAUGGUGGUGUGUAUUGAGUUGCAAAAGUUGGGGGAGGGGGGGGGGGGGGCACAUGAGUGAGAGUGAUUUGUGUGAUAUUGUAACUUUUCAAAGAAUUUGAAUCGCUCUCCCUGUUACUCCUUACUUCCCAUCAAGCACUAGCAGCUUACUCUUACAUUAUUGUUGCGAACCCUCCCAGAAUUCAGUCUCUGCUCAUCUACACUUAAGCUGCCAAUCACAAUGCCCCUUUUGGUGUAGGGACAUUUUGAUUUGUUAAUGUGUUCCCCUCAUUUCUGAAUAAAUUACUCAUUAGUCAGACAGCUGUUAGUCACCUGUCAGAAGUGGUUGGAUAUCAGAAUAUUUAAACAUGUGCUUCGUAUUUAAUUAAUGCAAAUGUUAUUUUUGGAGAGUUAAAUGUUUUUUGCGUUUUGUGUGAUUAGAUCUGUUGGGGCUGGGGUGGGCUUGUGUUAGUGGCUGUAAGGUUUUACAAAUGCCCACUUUACUGAUUGCUUUUACAGUAUGCUGUGUGUUAAUGACUAUUGAUAUUAUAAUUUUUCUUAUUUAGAUCCGUCAUGAUUUUAUCAGGGUGCAAAGGCCAGAUGGGCUGAACAGUUUUAUGUAACCGAUUUACUAUAGUGUAAAUGGACGUGGAACUUACUGAAAAUCAGAAUGGGCAUGGAUGCAGUCAGGUUAUACCUGCAUAAUAGUGCACAGCACAUGAUUUAAGAUGAAUUCUGAGAAACUGGUUUCAUUGUAAAUACAUUUUUCCACUUGCAUUGUUUCUUGAAGUGUGUUUUGCUUUUCUUUACAGUUUUGUGUUGGAGUUUGUGUUCGCCUGUUUCUUUUUUGAAAUUUUGUUUUUUGUUUGUUUUUGUUGAAGCUAAAGUAUUGACGUUUGGUUAAUUCCUUGAUUUUCCAUUUAAAUCAGAGCAAUGUGUAAGUGCUAUUCAGGGUUUUGUUUUUGUUUUUUGUUUUUUCUGUGUGUGUGCCAUUUCAUAAUGGUGGAAAGACUCACUUAAAAAUUGAAAGAUCAAUAUGAAUGAAGCCUUUGGGCAUAGUUGCUUUAACAAGUGAAUGUUUAACUUUAACACAAACGCUGACAGUGUGCAUCCCCAAAAAUCUCAAAACCAUGUUUUUGAGAAUUCAGCCUUUUUCCUCAGAGAUUGCAGUAUUCCUUGACAGUACUCUUGCAAAAAUAAAAUAAGUUACAAAUAAACUGAAAAGAAAAUCAUGUUGCAGUAUCUGUAACUGCGUUCAAAUCGAAAUUAAAAUCUGCCCUUUUACACUC